AUGAUGAUACUAGAUGCUUGUGGUUUUCACUCUGUUAUAGGCAUAAAGGUGUUGGUACAAAAGGCUCUAAUAAGUAUUUGGAAUGGAAGGUUUGAUAUGCAUGAUUUGGUACAAGAAAUGGCACACUACAUUGUUAGAGGAGAACACCCCAAGAACCCUGAAAAACAUAGUAGAGUUUGGAAGAAGGAAGAUGUUCUAAAAAUAUGUGCUAUGGAUGCAACAACGGGCACGCUUCGUCGCCUCCCUCAUCUAUACACCACCAGAGCAUCUAAAAAUGUGAAACAGAUGAGAGAGUACACGAGGAUUCAGAGUGAGAUCGAGAAGGAGGAGGGGGAAGCAGCGACGAUGGAGUUAUGUUGGCGGCGAACAGUGGCAGACCCCAGCGAUGACUUUCGUUCUUCAUUGUCUCGAUGCAGGUAG